AUGGUUGGUUUAACUUCUGAUUGUCAAAGUUUAGUCAAUUCUCAUCCAUGGCGUCAUCCAUAUUCAAAUCCUUAUGUUUACGAUGCAGCUACAGCUGUUGCUCUAGUUGGUUAUACUCCAUACACAACUGGUUAUUCUCCUCACAUGGAUUUAGCUGGAAGAAGAAAAAAUGCCACCCGAGAAACAACAGCAACAUUAAAAGCAUGGUUAUAUGAACAUCGAAAAAAUCCUUAUCCAACCAAAUCAGAAAAGGUUUAUUUAGCCAUUAUGACGAAAAUGACAUUAACACAAGUUUCAACUUGGUUUGCAAAUGCAAGAAGAAGAUUAAAAAAAGAAAAUAAAAUGACUUGGUCACCAAGAAAUAGAACAACUGAUGAUGAUGAUGAUCGACAUGAAGAAGAAUCAAAUAGUUCGCAAUCAGAUAAUCAAUCAAAUUCUUCACCGAUUCAAACAAAUCAAAUUCCAUCAACAUCAACAACAACAAAUAUUCCACGAUCAUUUCAUUAUUUAUCACCGCCAUUAACCAUUCUUCAACAUCAUCAAAUUCAACAGCAAAAUCAUUCAACAGAUGAGAAAAGUGUGAAAAGAAAAUUUGAUGGAAAUUGUACAGAUGAACGAAAGAAACGUUGUGGAAUUUGGUCACUUGCCGAUAUGGCUGAAACCAAUAACAAUAAAAAGACAAUCGAUUCGACUUUAAAUCAAACAGAUGAACAAAUUCGAUCAACUUCAAUCUCUUCCUCUUCCUCUUCAUCAUCUUUAUCUCCAACAUCAUCACAUCAAGAAAAAGUUCAAUCAAUUGUUGGUGCAUUUAAACCAUUUAAAUGA